AUGACACCUCGGCCCGAUCUGGAGCAUUCAUCAGCGAAACAACCAGAGAAAAUGACUGAUGUUCUUAAGGAUCACACUGGGGUCAUGGUUGUGGCUCCGUCUACGGUGGCUCUGAUCCAGGGGGAGGAAGAUCCCUGGGAUCUGCCUGAGCUGCAGGAUACUGGGCUGAAAUGGUCAGAACUGGACACCAAAGGGAAAAUCCUGCGGACUGGGGCUUCUGUGGGAAAGCUUGUCUUGCUGGUUGGUCUUUUGUACAUGUUCGUCUGCUCCCUGGAUGUCCUCAGCUCAGCAUUCCAGCUUGUUGGAGGAAAGGCAGCUGGGGACAUCUUUCAGGACAAUAAAGUGCUCUCCAACCCACUGGCAGGCCUGUGUAUUGGAGUACUAGUGACUCUACUGGUACAAAGCUCUAGUACAUCCUCAUCCAUAGUGGUCAGCAUGGUUUCCUCUGGCUUGCUACAGGUUUCCACGGCUGUUCCUGUGAUCAUGGGAACAAACAUCGGCACGUCAGUCACUAACACUAUCGUGGCAAUGACUCAGGCUGGAGACAGGAACAAGUUCCGCAGGGCCUUUGCAGGUGCAACAGUGCAUGAUUUCUUUAACUGGCUGUCAGUGCUGGUCCUACUGCCUCUGGAGGCAGCUACUGGUUAUCUAUUCAAAGUCACAGAUCUCAUCAUCAAAUCUUUCAACAUCCAGAGUGGAGAGGAUGCCCCCGAUCUCCUAAACAUCAUCACUGACCCACUCACCAAUUCCAUUAUACAGUUGGAUGAAUCUGUCAUCAGUGGAAUCGCUACAGGAGACCCUGAGGCUAAGAAUAAAAGUCUUAUUAAGAUCUGGUGUCAAACCUCCACAAACACGACCCUGCAGAAUGUGACUCUGGAGAACUGCACUGCUUCCCCAUGCUGGGAGCUGAGAAACAUCUCUGAAACCAUAAACAUUAAAAAAUGUGGUCAUAUAUUUGUCAAUGCCAACCUGCCAGACCUUGCUGUAGGUCUGAUCCUGUUAGCCCUGUCUCUGCUGCUCCUCUGCACCUGUCUGAUCCUCAUCGUCAAACUACUCAACUCCAUGCUCAAAGGACAGGUUGCCGUGGUGAUUAAAAAGAUCAUUAACACAGACUUUCCAUUCCCGUUUGGAUGGGUCACUGGCUACCUGGCUAUCAUAGUUGGAGCAGGAAUGACGUUUGUAGUUCAGAGCAGUUCUGUUUUCACGUCAGCCAUUACCCCCCUGGUCGGUAUUGGUGUUAUAAGCAUUGAGAGGGCUUACCCUUUAUCCCUGGGCUCCAACAUUGGCACAACCACCACUGCCAUACUGGCUGCCAUGGCCAGUCCUGGAGAUACAUUGGGCAGCUCUCUACAGAUUGCUCUGGUCCACUUCUUAUUCAAUAUUUCGGGGAUUGUGCUGUGGUACCCCAUUCCUUUCAUGCGUGUGCCCAUCCACUUGGCCAAAGCCCUUGGUAACCAGACUGCUAAGUACCGCUGGUUUGCAGGUGUCUACAUAAUUGCCUGCUUCUUUGUCUUUCCACUGCUUGUCUUUGGCCUGUCUGUAGCGGGCUGGCAGGCCUUAGUGGGCAUCCUGGUGCCCCUGGCUGGCAUGCUGAUCGUCAUCGUCGUCUUAAAUGUCCUGCAGUCGCGCCGACCUGAGUGGCUGCCCCCCCAGCUCCGAUCCUGGGAGUUCCUCCCGCUCUGGAUGCACUCCCUGGAACCGUGGGACCGUCUCGUUACCACGGUUACCACCCGAUGCUGCUGCUGUUGUAAAUGUUGCCAGGUUGCUGAGGGCGAUGUGGAGACUGGCACUGAGGAGAAGAAAGAGCAGAUGCUGGAGAUGUACGAUAACCAAGCAGUCAGCAGUGAGGAAGAGGAGGACAAGGAAGCAUGCCAAAAUAACCACCACAUGGUUCCAUCGGCCAGUCCCCCACCGCCUGGUUCCAUCAGCCAGUCCCCCACCGCCUGGUUCCAUCGGCCAGCCCCCCACUGCCUGGUUCCAUCGGCCAGUCCCCCACCGCCUGGUUCCAUCUGCCAGUCUCCAACCGCCUGGUUCCAUUGGCUAGUCUCCCACCGCCUGGUUCCAUCGGCCAGUCCCCCACCGCCUGGUUCCAUUGGCCAGUCCCCCACCGCCUGGUUCCAUCGGCCAGUCCCCCACCGCCUGGUUCCAUCUGCCAGUCCCCCACCGCCUGGUUCCAUCGGCCAGUCUCCAACCGCCUGGUUCCAUCGGCCAGUCCCCCACCGCCUGGUUCCAUCUGCCAGUCCCCCGCCGCCUGGUUCCAUCGGCCAGUCUCCAACUGCCUGGUUCCAUCGGCCAGCCCCCCACCGCCUGGUUGCAUCGGCCAGUCCCUCACUGCCUGGUUCCAUCGGCCAGUCUCCAACCGCCUGGUUCCAUCGGCCAGCCCCCCACCGCCUGGUUCCAUCGGCCAGUCCCCCACCGCCUGGUUCCAUCGGCCAGUCCCCCACCGCCUGGUUGCAUCGGCCAGUCCCCAACCACCUGGUUCCAUCUGCCAGUCCCCCGCCGCCUGGUUCCAUCGGCCAGUCUUCCACCGCCUGGUUCCAUCGGCCAGUCCCUCACUGCCUGGUUCCAUCGGCCAGCCCCCCACCGCCUGGUUGCAUCGGCCAGUCUCCCACCGCCUGGUUCCAUCGGCCAGUCCCCCACCGCCUGGUUGCAUCGGCCAGUCUCCCACCGCCUGGUUCCAUCGGCCAGUCCCUCACUGCCUGGUUCCAUCGGCCAGUCUCCCACCGCCUGGUUCCAUCGGCCAGUCUCCCACCGCCUGGUUGCAUCGGCCAGUCCCUCACUGCCUGGUUCCAUCGGCCAGUCUCCCACCGCCUGGUUCCAUCGGCCAGUCUCCCACCGCCUGGUUCCAUCGGCCAGUCCCCCACCGCCUGGUUCCAUCGGCCAGUCUCCCACCGCCUGGUUCCAUCGGCCAGUCUCCCACCGCCUGGUUGCAUCGGCCAGUCCCUCACUGCCUGGUUCCAUCGGCCAGUCCCCCACCGCCUGGUUCCAUCGGCCAGUCUCCCACCGCCUGGUUCCAUCGGCCAGUCCCCCACCGCCCGCAGAGGAACACGGCAGGAGUGCAGGCCUUCACUUCAUCCUCUGGAUUUAGCUUCAGUAGGGCAGGUGCCUCACUCACGCUCACAUUCUCUAAAGUUUGGUAAUGAGGAGCGUUCUCUGGGCCCGCGUUGUGACGCGUGUUUUCACCACGACCCUGAACAGGCCCGCAUUGUGACGCGUGUUUUCACCACGACACUGAACGGGCCCGCGUUGUGA